AUGCGGAGCACCCCGGGACUGGAACUCGGUCCCGCUCUCACUUUACUCUCUUCCUUUUCCUCGCUCUCUUUUCGCUCGGCACGGAUUCACUGGUCGAUUCAAACAAAUGCGUCUGAUUUACCAAUCGCUGGAGUGAUUUUCAAUGUCUGCAGUUCGCCAUCGAACCUGCUCCUUCGUGUUCCCACCUACAGCGACACCCGCAAGUCGGAGUUUGCGCAACCGCUUUGCGACAGGCCAGAUCAACAGCGAUCGAUGAUAGAGGACGGUGCCGGUCGAACGGGCUCGGUCCCGGAUAAUCAACACCGUAAUGGAGCGAUGGAGAAGGGGAAAUUGAACCUGGUAGAAGGAGACUCUGUGAAGAUGGAAUCGGGCUCGAAGAACAACGCUUCACCACCUUUGAAAAGUGAAAGUGCCACUGCGGGGCCUCACUCCAGCCCGAAGAAGCGUCGCAAGGUUAAUCAUGGUAAGAACGGCCUCCCUGCCAUGCAUCUUGCAAGGAUCAUGGUCGCCACGACUCUUCUGCUUCGCGCUAUUAGAGGCUUUCCGACCACGUUGCUGACCAUUGUGCCACGCCUUUGCAGCAUGCGUCUAUUGUCGACGAUCGCAUAUGACCUGCGACUCGGUACGACGUUCUUGAUCUAUUUUCUUCCCAGCUUGCUCUCGUGCAACAUUCUGCAAGCUUCUUCCUCUUCAAUAGGAAUCUCUGCUGACUUCCUUGUUUUUGUUCUUCAUGGGAUAAAGGAACGGCCGUGCACGCGAUGUAUAAAGCGCAACAUCGGCCACCUGUGCCAUGACGAACCCAGAGAGCCUUCGAAACGAGCGCGGAGCGAACACGAGUUUUCAGCGGCUGAUGAGGAGGGCCAGUCGAACAAUGAGUAUGCAAAUGUUCAAGGUAUGCCUAGAAACGUCGAUAUUCAAGAUGCUGCCGGUCAGCAAUUACUUGCCGAUGGAACAAUCGCCCUUCCUCCUUCGUCUGUGAACUCCGUGCAAAACAACAACAUCCCCUCUUCUUCAGCGCAAGGCAUGGGCGCCAACUCCCAACAGCUGCUCGGUUACAAUGACUGGCUUGGAGGACAAAGCCAGUUCCAGGAUAUGCACACUUUUCACCCUUCAUACAUGUUUAACGCCCCGGAAGUUACCAACGAAUAUAAUCUUCUCGGCGACUUUCUCAGUAGCAGCCUGCUCGACGACGGUGGGAUGUUUCAAAAUGACAAUUUACAUGGACUUUACUCCGACCCGACAUUAAUCAAUUCUAUGGCAACGCUGGACAAUGGAACGCUGGUACAGCAAACCCAGCCUCCACAGCCGGCUCAGAACCAGCCAGCAACGGGCGACUCUAUCCAGGGUUCGAGCUCAGUGGUGGUGAAUGAUAAGGCAAGGGAAACCUACUAUAUGACCGCAGCAGAUCCAUCAGGAUCUGAUCCUCCGGAAGAGCGAAUGAACAAGCUUCUCAAGGCCAAAUAUGACGCUGGCCUUUUGAAACCUUUCAACUACGUCAAAGGAUACGCACGUUUGAAUCAGUACAUGGAGAAACAUAUGCAACAGGCGUCCCGCCAGAAGAUCCUGCGCCAGCUGGACAAAUUUCGACCGAAGUUCAGGGAGAGAAUGCAGAGCCUGACCGAUAUAGAACUUAUUCUUGUGGAGAUGUGGUUCGAGCGAAGCCUGAUGGAGUAUGACCGAGUAUUCGCCAGUAUGGCCAUCCCUGCUUGCUGCUGGAGGCGAACUGGAGAGAUUUUUCGUGGUAACAAGGAGAUGGCGGAACUCAUCGGUGUACCGAUUGAGAGCCUACGAGAUGGCAAACUGGCUAUCCAUGAGAUCAUUGUUGAAGACCAGCUUGUGAGCUACUGGGAGAAAUUUGGUGCCAUUGCGUUCGAUAAUACCCAGAAAGCAAUGCUCACGAGCUGUACAUUGAAAAACCCGAACUCAACCAACUCUACCAACGGAAUUGCCUGUUGUUUUUCUUUUACGAUACGAAGGGACAACCAUAAUAUGUAA